ACGUAGUAUCAUGCUAGUCCGCCUAGUAUGAUUUCAAGGUGGGAUGGAACUCAAAGAAUUAUUUCCAUGCCGACAGUGAAGAUCUUGAAACAAUUUCAAGAUUUAUCAUCAUAAAAGAUGUGGUCAAGAUUAAUGCGCCGGAGGGAGCUUCCAUCAUUAAGAAAUCAAUCUACUGCGACAACAAGAAACCAAUUCCAAAGGCGGACGUUAGUCGCAGCGCCCAAACCCGGUGAUGGACCUCUCAUGGAGAGACGUCCAGAUCGGGAACUACCAAAUAUAUCUACUUUCCGCUGGUCCCGUACAUUCCCCAUCUUCCUCGCCCUAAUCGCCGCCUCCAGCGUCGCCAUCUUCAACUACCAAAAACUUUCCAGCCCCGUCGUAGCCUCGACGCUCUACGCCCUACGUACAAACAAAAAAGCGCGCGAGUACCUAGGUGACGAGAUAUACUUCAAGCACCAGAUUCCAUGGAUCUCAGGCGAGAUGAACCAACUACGGGGGCGCAUCAAUAUCCAAUUUUCCGUGCGCGGCACGCGGAAUACUGCUGUUAUGCGGUUUACUAGUAUGCGACCUACUGCCCGAGGGCUGUUCGAGACGACAGAAUGGAGUCUGGAGAGGCCGGAUGGGACGAGGCUUGAUUUAUUGGAUGGUGAUGAUUCGUUCAAGGCGAUUCAGGCUUUCCCCAUGGAUGAGGAUGAGAAGGAGGCAGCUACAAGGGGAUUUAGACAGCAACUUAAGUGAAGAGAUGUCGUUGUCUGUUUAGCUUCUGCUAUAAGGCCGAUAUCCCCCUCAGGAUGCCUUAUAGAGACGUAAGGUCAGGCUAUACCGUUGACCAAGAUGAACAUCCGGAUAUCACGUUUUUAUUGCUUCAGAGAAGGAAUUGAA